AUGGAAAAAGGCCGCUCGUUUAAAAUUAUGGAGAUCAAUUGGCAAAUCAUGCUUCCAGAAAAGCCCAAAUUGGUAAUAAUAUCAAGGGGGAAGUCAAGGAGAAUGAUGAAUCAGAAGGAGAUCGUUAAACUAGCAGAGAAAAUUGGAUUUGAGGUAGAAAUACUGAAUCCCAAAAGAAACACAGAGAUGGUAGAAAUGUUUAGAGCCUUAAACUCAUGUGAUGUUAUGGUGGGAGUUCAUGGUGCUGCCAUGACACAUCUUUUGUUCAUGAUACCUGGCUCUGUGUUUAUACAGAUUGUGCCUUUUGGUACUGAUUGGGCUUCUGCUACUUAUUAUGGAGAACCUGGCACCAAGUUGGGAUUGACAUAUAUUGAGUACAAAAUCCUUCCAGAAGAGAGCUCUCUGUUUGCAGAGUAUGGAAGAAAUGAUCCUGUUCUUAGAGACCCGGAUUCAGUUAACAGGAAGGGAUGGGGGGAGACAAAAAGGGUAUAUCUGGAGGGGCAAAAUGUCAAUCCUUCAUUGAAACGGUUCAACAAGACUCUACUCUCUGCCUAUUCUAUUGACCGUUAG